AAAAAAUUUUGAAGCCAGCACCAAGAAAUGUCAAAUACUCAAAUGCCAAUGUCAAAUGUCAACGUGAGAAACUCGUGCAUGGUUGUAAUUCAAUUACGUAACUGCUUUGUCUAAAUUCCAAGCUAACUUAUUAGCUUGACCCCGUAAGUUUAUGAGUAGUUCUCCUUGGGUAAAGAAUCAAGAAUGAAGUACAUACUUCCCUUAAUGUGUGUUUUCCUCUUAUUAAUAAAUUGUCAAAUGGUUUUAUCAAUACUACCAAUUGUGAUCUGGCACGGAUUAGGUGAUGUUUGCUGCAAUCCAUUGAGUAUUGGGGGCCUACAGAAAUUUAUACAACAACAAAUUCCUGAGGUCUAUGUAAUUUCCCUGAAGAUUGGCAAGACCAUUCGUGAGGAUUUUGAAAAUGCAUACAUCAAGAAUGCAAACGAUCAAGUUGAAUUUGUCUGUGAUCUUAUCAAAAAUGACCCUAAAUUAGCAUUAGGAUAUCAUGGAUUAGGGGUAUCUCAAGGGGGGCAGUUCUUGAGAGCUGUAGCUCAACGUUGCCCUGAACCUCCGAUGGUAAAUCUUGUCACUUUAGGCUCUCAACACCAAGGUGUAUAUGGGUUACCCCGUUGUCUAGGAGAUGAUGUCAAAUUUUGUGACUACGUUCGCUCGCUACUUAAUCAUGGAGCUUACAAAAAAUGGAUUCAAAAGUUUGUUACUCCUGCUGAAUAUUGGCAUGAUCCACUAGAUGAAAAGGCAUACAAAAAAGCAAGUGUAUUUCUUGCGGAUAUCAAUAACGAAAGGUCUAUAAAUGAUACAUACAAAAAUAACCUUAAGCAACUGAAAAACUUCGUCAUGGUUAAGUUUACUAAAGAUACAGUUGUCCAACCAAUUGAAACAGAAUGGUUCGGUUUUUAUAAGGAGAAUGAUUUGAACUCAACUUACACUCUUCGAGAUUCGCAACUUUACCUUGAAGAUCGCCUUGGUUUACGUGCAAUGGAUGAUGAAGGAAAACUCCAUUUUCUACAAGUGGAAGGUGACCAUAUUCAAUUUAGCCAAGCAUGGUUUAAAAACGAAAUCAUUGAUAAUUUCUUGCGAUAAAUGAUUGAAAUUGUUAAAAAUGUGUGAUAGUUUUUUUUAUAACCGUUUCCGUCUGAUACGUCAUGUUAUACAUAAACUAAAAUAAUCGUUCAUCCCGAUAUCGCCGGCUGAACGAUUCUAAAACUAUUGGUAGAUCAAUACAACACCCUCGUCAAAAAGUGG